AUGUCUUCCUUCCUCCUUCGACGCGUGCUCCCAAGCAGCGCCCGCGCCUUCUCAACCUCCGCCCCACGAUCCUCGUUCGCAAAGAUGACCAUCAUUGGCCGUCUAGCUGAUACUCCCGAGCUGCAAGCAACGAGCACGGGACAGGAGGUAUUGAGAUACGCCGUUGGAACCAACAGCGGCCCGCGGGACAACCAGAAGACGAACUGGUUCCGGAUUACGAGUUUCUUGCCAGAGGGCCCGCAGAGAGAUUUCAUAUCGAGCUUGGAUAAGGGGUAUGUCAAUGCAUUUUCUGGGGGGUGUGAGAACUCGGGGAAGGGAGGGUUCUGUUUAGAGGAGGACGGAACUCUUGUUUACGUCGAGGGCGAUGCUUCCAUGUCUCAAUACACUGAUGCAGACAACAAGCCAAGAAGCUCGUUGAAUAUUGUUCAGAGUGGGUAUUCGCUCGAGACAUGCACUGCCUUCCUUCACUAA